GUUGAGUCUUCAAGCCCAGGAGGUUCAGCAACAUCUGAUGACCAUGAAUUUGAUCCAUCAGCUGAUAUGCUGGUGCAUGACUUUGAUGAUGAACGGACAUUAGAAGAGGAGGAAAUGAUGGAAGGAGAAACAAACAUCAGUUCUGAAAUAGAGGAUCUUAACAGGGAGAGUGACAUGCCCAUCCAGGAGCUGCUGAGCCGCUACGGCUACGACGGGACCGUCCCUCUGCAGGAGGAUGAGGAGGAUGAAGAGGACGAGGAGGAAGAGGAGGAUGGAGAAGAUGAUGAUGACGUGGAUAACGACGACAACAGCGGCUGUAGCGGGGAAAACAAAGAGGAGACCAUAAAAGAUUCAUCAGGUCAAGAGGAUGAGACACAGUCCUCCAAUGAUGACCCAGCCCCAUCUGUUGCUUCUCAAGACCCCCAGGAGAUGAUUCGCCCUCGUCGAUGUAAAUAUUUUGACACAAACAGUGAAAUAGAAGAGGAGUCUGAAGAAGAUGAAGAUUACAUCCCCUCAGAAGACUGGAAAAAGGAAAUCAUGGUGGGCUCUAUGUUUCAAGCUGAAAUUCCAGCUGGCACGUGCAAAUACAAAGAGAAUGAAAAAGUGUAUGAAAAUGAUGACCAGCUGCUGUGGAACCCUGACUUCUUACCAGAAGAUAAAGUGGUCGAGUUCCUAAACGAGGCAUCGAGGCGCACGGGGGAUGAGAAAGGCCUGGAUGCAAUUCCUGAAGGGUCACACAUCAAAGACAAUGAGCAGGCAUUGUAUGAACUGGUGAAGUGCAAUUUUGAUACUGAAGAAUCGUUACGGAGGCUGAGGUUUAAUGUCAAAGCAGCCAGAGAAGAAUUAUCAGUUUGGACAGAAGAAGAAUGCAGGAACUUUGAACAAGGGCUGAAAGUCUACGGAAAGGAUUUUCAUGUCAUCCAAGCAAAUAAGGUCAGGACGAGGUCGGUGGGGGAGUGUGUGGCCUUCUACUACAUGUGGAAGAAGUCGGAGCGUUACGAUUUCUUCGCUCAGCAGACCCGCUUUGGAAAGAAGAAAUACAACCUGCACCCCGGCGUGACAGAUUACAUGGACCGUCUCCUGGAUGAGAGUGAAAGUGCUGCAUCCAGCAGAGCCCCAUCCCCUCCUCCCACAGCCUCCAACAGCAGCACCAGCCACUCAGAGAGGGAGGACAGCACCACCAGCAGCAGUAACCAGAACGGGGUGGCUGCCAACGGGCCGGGUGAUGUGCCCACUAAAGAGGAAACCAAAGUGGAAGGGUUGCACGUCAAUGGACCUAGCAGUGGGAAGAAAACCCCUCACAGGGAGCUGGACACCAACGGGUAUGAGACUGAAACCCUCCCCCCAGAGCCCAAACUCCCCCACCCAGCUGCCAGGAACGACACCGAUUCGGAAGAAAAAAAUGAAAGACCUCUCAAAAGAAGGAGAAUCAACAGCAGUGGAAAGGAGAGUCCAGGUUCUUCAGAGCUCUUCCAAGAAGCCAACUCCCACGGGAAGCUGGAGGAACUAGAAAAAACUGUGGAUGACUGA